AUCUUCUUUCAAAGCGAAGCAUGUUAUGCACUGUUCAGUAACGUAACUACAGCAAGUCUGUCAGUGGCUUAAUGAUUUCUCUCUCGUCCCGGGUGCAGCAGGACGUAUGAUGAAGUGUUUUACCUGGAUCAUAUGCACUAUUGGUCUGAUUCUCUGUUCAGCUAAUCCAGACACAGCUACCAAACCUAAUUUUGUCCUAAUGAUGGUGGAUGAUUUAGGAAUUGGAGACCUUGGUUGCUAUGGGAACACAAGCCUUAGGACGCCUCAUAUUGACAGACUGGCCCAGGAAGGGGUCAAACUGACCCACCAUAUAGCUGCUGCUCCACUCUGCACCCCCAGCAGGGCAGCCUUCCUUACAGGCAGAUAUCCCAUCCGAUCAGGUAUGGUUGGGAAUGGCCGCAUGGGAGUGUAUCUCUUUUCUGCAUCAUCAGGUGGUCUUCCACGCGAGGAAAUCACCUUUGCCAGGGUUGCUAAAGAGCAAGGCUAUGCUACAGCUUUAAUUGGAAAAUGGCACCUGGGCCUUAACUGUGAGGACAGCGCCGACCACUGCCACCAUCCUAGCUCUCAUGGUUUUGAUCACUUCUACGGUACUAUAAUGACAAAUCUCCGGGACUGCCAGCCAGGACAUGGCUCUGUCUUCCAUCAUGCCCAUGUUCACAUUCCCUACAAGGCCAUUAGUAUUGGUCUAGCCUCCCUGGCUUUACUACAUUUUAAAGGGGUGAUAACUGUGCCCAGGAAAGUAGUUUUGGGUGUUCUAGUCCUGAUAGGGAUGGUGAUGGGUUUCUUUCAACUAAUGUUGUACACAUUUCCAAAUUUAAACUGCUUUCUCAUGAGGGGGGCGGAUAUUGUGGAGCAACCAUUUAUAUCAGAGAACCUCACACAGAGGAUGACCAACGAGGCGAUAGAGUUUCUGGAAAGGAAUUCAGAGAGGCCUUUCUUGCUAUUCUUUUCAUUCAUCCAAGUCCACACUGCACUUUUUGCAUCUCCUCGCUUCAGAGGCCAAAGCCAGCAUGGUCUCUAUGGUGAUGCUGUCAUGGAAGUGGACUGGAGUGUAGGUCAGAUCAUGCAGACCCUUGAGCGCUUAAAAUUGAAGGAAAACACACUAGUGUAUGUGACGUCAGAUCAGGGGCCACACCUGGAAGAGAUUUCCAUCCAUGGAGAAGUGCACAGGGGUUUUAGCGGCAUAUACAGAGCUGGCAAGUCAACCAAUUGGGAAGGUGGGAUUCGAGUACCUGGGAUUCUUUAUUGGCCUGGUGUCAUACCUGCAGGGAAGGUCAUUGAUGAGCCCACUAGCAACAUGGAUCUUUUCCCCAUGGUAUUGAAUUUAGCUGGUGCUUCUCUACCCAGCGACAGAGACAUCGAUGGCCAUGAUCUCCUGCCCCUGUUGCAAGGGAAAGUGAAACGCUCUGAACAUGAAUUUAUGUUCCAUUACUGCAAUGCUAACUUGAACGCUGUGAGAUGGCACCCAGCUGACAGCACUGCAGUUUGGAAGGCAUUAUUCUUUACACCCAACUUCUACCCAGAGAACAGCUCCGCCUGUUUCCACACUCAUAUCUGCUUCUGCGUUGAGCCUUUCAUCACGCACCAUGAUCCUCCGCUGCUUUUCGAUCUGUCAAGCGAUCCGUCAGAGAGCACCCCCCUGACUACAGACACAGAGCCCAAGUUCUUCUCUGUUCUAGAGACUAUGAGGGCAGCGGUAAGCCAUCACAAGCAGAGUCUGAAGCCUGUCCCAAUGCAGUUUUCCAGUGGAAACCUGAUUUGGAAACCGUGGCUUCAGCCUUGCUGCUCCUCUCUCAAUCAGCUUUGCAGUUGUGAACGAGAUUAUCAGACAGGGAAGAGUCAUGAGAUUCAAAGGGAAUAGACCUGAUUGGAGUUCAAAAUGACAGCUUUAUUGAAAUGAAUUAAAGUUGGAUUUAAUUUAUGUUGUGAAAAACAUUCCAUGGAACAUCGGAAGUAUAUCUUGUGUUUUUACUUUGAUUUAAAUAAAAAAGGGUGCAUUUGUAUCAUAGUGUCAGUCAUGCGAUUGAAGAGAAGAUUUCGGUGUAGGAAGCACGCGAGUGCAAGCGAGCAAGUGAGUUCUGUAUUCCUCCUAGUUUGGAGACCUGGUAUAUGAUCCUGAAUAUAGCACUGGAAAGUCAAGGGGUUUGUGAAGCAGUAAUUACUGCCUCUUUACUCACAAGCUUUGAAAAUGGGUGUCACAAGCCUGAAACGGGUAACAACUCAAUGCCCACUCUUACAGGAUUUGGUGCUUCUAGGUGUUUAAUGGGUUAUUUUUGGUAUCCAAUCUGUUUUGCUUAUUUUCACUUGUGACUAAUCAAGCUGCACGGAAUGAUUUACAUUCUCCAUGCCGUCAACAUCAUGAUCUUUGCGCUAAUUUCAUCACAUUUAAAAUGGUCUGUUUAAUGAAAUAAAAAGAUGUUUGCCUUUUUAUUUAAGAAGUGACUUUUGCUAUUAUGGUGGUCUAAAUGGCAUAAUUUGUCAACAUUUUUGGAACAUAUUUACUAAUCAUAUGAUCAGUUGUAUUCAUUUGUGUGAGGAAAAUUUCUCAUUUGAGUGUAUCAAAUCAUUAAGCUUUGAACAAGUGUUCACUAUUUGAGGAUGUAUGAUACACAAUUUCUGUUUAUUCAGGACUGUGAAUUGCAGAAGACAUUAAAAUUGGUUGUUACUUGGCUUGCAGAUAUAAUCAAAUAAAUUUAUUCUGAAUGAAAAUUGA